AUAAAACUUGACACACUUUAAACUUUUUUAGCAGCCUCUUUGCUCCCCGCCCCCUGUCAUUGCGUCUGCUGUAGCCUGUCACUGUCCAUUCGCUUGAGCCUUACCCUGAACCCCUGUCGGCUAGAGCUCCCGUCUUUGGUCCGAUCUGGAGGUUCGUUGUAGAGGCAUGGAAAUCGAACUCUGGAUCACGACAAAGCAAAGCGCAUCGUAGCAACACAGCAAAAUUCACAGUCAAAUCAAAUCAUCAUAGCAAUGGCGCCGCCGCAACAACCGGGUUCUCCGUCAUGGGCCGAUCAGGGUCUAAAUGACGAUUGGUCUCUUUCUGCCUUUACUGUUGCUCUAUUUUCUUUUUGUUCCGAGUUCUGAUUUUCUUUUCUUUUUGUUCUACCGGUAUCUCCAUCGCCAUUACCAUCACCAUCGCCUCUUAGUGACGGGUUUUUACCUAUUCUGGACCUUGCCGUGGCAUUGUAUCGUGUUAAACAACAAUCAAUCGAGCUACCACUAUCCUCUCCAAAAAAAAAGGCGCUUUUUAUGAUUGUCCCGGGUUUCUAGACCUGGACAAAUCGGAGAGUUAUUAGUGUAUCGAUCACUGCAUUCUGCAGGUCCGGUCCCUGGAACGAGAAAAUUCGCCGUGGCCUGGCCCAUCGUUAGGAAGGAGGAUCUCCAUUCACCUCCUGUACCUACCUAGUCUAGAUUCUUAUUAUCAUCGUCAUCAUCUGCAUUCAACUCUCGCCUUGUUCUCUCAUUCCCCUGUUGUAUUCUCCUCUUCUCAACGGCGGUUGGUUGAAGUUGAUACUGGAUCUAUUCUUACACACACUCACACACUCACUCGACUCUCCUGCACUCAUUCUCUGUCUCAGCCUGUCUUUCAGCUCUGGACACCCUCUUCUCUUCUCAACCAUCUAGACUUGGCCUUUGAGUCAAGUUGAGCUGAACCGGGGUUCAAUCAGCUUCACUCCCGCGUCUAGGGGACCUGAAUGCCAUCAUCAUAUCCACUAUCUACUACCAGGAGAACCCACCCGUCACUUCACUUCACACUAGGCUCCCGCCUAGCUUCCUCCAUCCCAUUCAAGGGUCCCGGGCAGGCGAUAUAUACACCCCUGUGGCUACAUCCGCAUCGAGGCUACGACGUUGCUUCACGGUAUAUCUGGCCAGGAACCGUUGAAGCUGCUAAACUAAGCUAAGACGAGCUAAAGUUAUAGUAUCACUCAGAUCCCAGCUUCUGAUAUCCAUGAUCUAUUUGAUAUCCUCAGUAUCCGCUUGUUCCCCAUCCAUCUAGUCAGACCAGACAUCUUUAGCUCUGUCUUAAAUCACUUACGCAAUACCUACAUACAACCCGACCCUCUGCCCUUCUACCUUCGAGACUCUUCUGUCGAGUUACCAGACUCGUUUGCUUCUGAGAAGUUUCUCUUCCUAUUCGGCUUUCCUUCAACUUUGUUUGACUACCGCUACACUAUAUCGUCACAAGUAAGGUAUCCGAACCCUUGUUAACGCCCACAAAUACAAUCAAAUCAACUCAACUGCUGUUGCUGUUGCUGUACCAUACACGGCCCAACCAAAUAACCUCCCACACACUCUCCCCCAGCCGGUUAAACAAAACCAUUGAGUGGUCCGAACAUUGAGCCCUCAUCUCAGUCCCAAAACUAGGCCUCUCCCGCACAACCACAUAGUGGAAGGUCUGACAACGUCUCCGCCAUUUCAAGAUAUCUCCCUUCGGAUCCGAAAUUAGGUCCCUGAACCAUAUACCAUACCAUAAACGCUCUAUUCGGGCCUCAAGUUGUAUUACGACAACGCAAUUGUAAUCUUGACAUCAUGGCUGGGAAUAAACUCCUCGUCUAUCUACUUCGACGCGAUCUCAGGGCAAUUGACAACCCUAUCCUUCACCACCUGGCCACUUCUGACCAUGGCUUCACUCAUCUCCUCCCCAUCUACAUCCUCCCCCCCCACCAAAUCGAAACCUCAGGCUUCGUUGCCGAAGGAAAAAAGUCUCCCUACCCCGAAGCUCGAAGUCAGGUAGGCCGCUUCUGGAGAUGUGGCCCCGCCCGAGCCAAGUUCCAAGCUGAGUCUAUCUGGGAUGUGAAACAAAGUCUUGAGGACAUCAGUAGUGGCAUGUUGGUUCGUGUCGGAAACUUCGACAAUGUCCUCAAGCAUUUGAUCAAGUCUCUGCACGAUGAACAUCAAUCCGUCGAUACGGUUUGGAUGACAGAGGAAGUAUCGAAGGAGGAGGUUGAUGAUCAAAAUGCUGUAGCAUCUGUGUGUUCCGAGAACAACAUCAACUUCAAACUUUGGCAGGACGAAAAGUACUACAUCGACGAUCGCGACACUGGUUUGAAUGACCCUAAGGAUCUUCCAGAUGUUUUCACAACCUUCCGCAAAACUCAAGAGCCCCUCCGUGAGCGUCCUCGCACCUCUCUCCCUCGUCCGCAGGCCGGAUCGUUACCACCGUUCCCUUCAUCGUGGGCACCACCUCAGGAACCCCCGUUUCAGAUUCCUGACAACUACAACGACUUUGAACAACGUCUCCUACAGCCCAUCAACAGUAUGGUGACAGACCCUCCAGCCUAUCCUGAAGAUGCUCGGUCUGCACAUCCAUUCAAAGGUGGAGAGAACCCUGCCUGGGACCGCCUUUACCAUCUCAUCAAGUCGGGCUCCAUGACGACUUACCAGGAGACCCGCAAUGGUCUGCUAGGAACCGAUUACAGUACCAAGCUUUCAGCAUACCUGGCACUCGGAUCUAUUUCAGCCCGCUGCAUCCAUGAGGAACUUGUCAAGUUUGAGGACGGUCAGGAACAAUCCUACUCUAGAGCUAUGGGCUUCGGACAAGGAGAGAACGAAGGCACCAAAGCUGUCAGAUUUGAGCUAUUGUGGCGGGACUACAUGCGAUUGUGUACGAUGAAGUUUGGCUCGCGUCUUUUCAAGCUUGAUGGUUUCAAGGGAGCCAGUGGCAAGUAUGAUAAGAAAUGGAAGACAGCUCUGAAGGAGGAAGCCGAAGCCGAUCAAGAUCCUUCACCCGAGGAACUGGGUGAUAUCAUUGAGAGGUUCCUUCGAGGAACAACUGGCAUGGGGCUGAUUGAUGCCUCACAGCGGGAACUUUAUCAUACCGGCUACACCUCGAACCGAGCUCGACAGAAUGUCGCCAGCUUCUUCGCUAAACAUCUUGGCAUUGACUGGCGCUACGGAGCUGAAUGGUACGAAGCUAUGCUGGUAGACUAUGAUGUGUCUUCCAACUGGGCGAACUGGCAGUACGUGGCGGGUGUUGGUAAUGACCCCAGAGGUGAUGCACGCAUCUUCAACCCUAUUAAACAAGCAUUCGACUAUGAUAACAACGGAAGAUAUGUCCGAACUUGGGUGCCUGAAGUCAAGGAUAUUGAGAGACUGGAAAAUGCCUUUCAGGUAUGGACGACAGGUGACGAUGAGCUCAUCAAGUACGGCAUCAUCGACGACAUAAUGGUCACUCAUCCCAUCAAGCGGAUCGAUUUUCAGGUCGACCGAAAACCUCGUGGCCCCCGACGACCUUAUCGAUGGAGAAGAGGAGGACCUGGACGUGGUGGCCGCCGAGGCGGAGGUCCAGGAAACGGUUCGGGUGACUAUAACGAUAGUCGACGCUCGUACCACAAUGGGCCACCCUCACCUGAAAGCGAUCGCCAGUUUUACCACGGAGGUGAACUCUAUAUGCAAAACGGUGGCCAGCCAAGAAAUGGUUGGUCUCAGCGCGGAAAUCAGACGUCGUGGCGAGGCAACUCUAACGGGCAUGGUCCUAACAACCACGGACCUUCUUCCGGACGAGGCGGCCACAUGGCUCCUUUCCGUGGUAAUGGUUUCCAGCGAGGAUUCAACACUAAUUACUUCAAUGCACCACCUCCCAGGCAAUACAUGACCAAUCCUAAUUGGCCUCCUCAACAAUUCCCCCCCCAAGCCUAUCACCACCAACUUCCUCCUCACCUUGGACCUCAUGUCUAGCAGACUAGCCUGGCCACUCUUCCCAUUACGGUGGGCUUUUGAUCCCGCUGAGCAGCGCUGGUAUUGGUACCAGUAGACAAUGGACUAUUGGAAAGCGUAAUAAUUGGAUUUCGUCUCUCAUUUGUCGGGGGAGCAAAGCGGUAGUGACACACGAUACCUGUUAUUUUGGAUAAAAGUCGACAAUACAGCCAAUAGAAUGAUUAAGGUUGCUAAGGUAUAUAUGUAUUUAUAAGAAACAUCCAGCGGGAUCAUGGAUGUCCUUUCAUAGGACAUGUGUGAAUACACACAAGUCUGUUUUGCUUUUACUUUUAUCACUUCAAAGUCUCACCACUCGUGACAUCGUCUAAGCCAUAUUCGUUGUGUCACUAAUCACUGUUCUUUAUCUCAUUACAGCGUCUCGUUCCAGGCUCUCCAAGACUGCUUUUCCCAAGUGGGCAUGCACCUAACCUGCUCUGGUGGAUCAUAUACCCAAUCUAUUGCACCAUCUUCCUCAUGUCUUUCAACUAUAUCCGACACAUAGCCCUUCAGCUUCUUGACGUCUGCGGCCUUCUCAUCGGAAUAUUCAAGAUUGACACUCGGCGCAACUGCAAUCUUGCGAAAACCCCGGGACCACAUAUCCUUACAAAACAACUGAGGCUCGCCUUGGAAACAUUCUCCUUUGCGAGUAUCUCGAAACCGAAGACCAUGUAAUAACGGCGCCGCAGUGAACGCUGUAGCCCCGUUCCAGCAGGCAAACACCUGAAAGGGCUGCUGUGCAUCAUAGCGUGAGCGUGUAUCAGGGGCGUUCCAGAAGAGGUUCCAG